AUGGCUAUAGACGCCAAAAGGAGGUCAGGGUAUAUUAAUUCCAUGUUGAACGACGAUUUACUUGCCCAAAUCCUUAACAUGGUCGACCAGAAAGAAGAUAGAAAAUCGUUCUCGGAGGUGUGCAAGCAAUGGUUAAGAGUGGAACGUCUAAGCCGAACAUCACUUCGGGUUCGCGGCGGACCCAUGUUCCCACUGGAUCUACUGACUAAAUUUCCCAACUUGGUCGAUUUCAGAACAACACGGGAGCUUACCAAAAAAAGAAAAAGGCAGAACAAAAAAUCAUGGUAUUAUCCACCCACCGACCCCCGACUCGAAUUCAUAGCCAAAACAUAUCCCAAGCUCAAGACCUUCAUGGUUUACUCCGUUAUAACUUCAUUUGUCCAAGGUGAUGGUCAUUUGGGGACCAAAGGUCUACAAGCAUUGGGAAUUGGGUGUCCCAAUUUGUCCACGCUUAUGUUUCGGGGGUGCAAAGUGGUAGGGAAUGCUGGAGUUGAUGCACUUUUUCAAUCAGCACAUAACUUGAAGUCUUUGCAUUUGAAGGAAAAUCAUCUAAUCUCUGAUCGUGCAUUUAAAGCAAUUGGGUCAUCUUCCAUAAGCACAUUGGAGUUACAAUGCUGUCCAAAUGUUACUGAUAUGGGAUUGGGAUUUCUGGCAAAUGGGUCUACCUCUAAAACCCUCAAGAAAUUGAUCCUUAAGCGUUGCGAAGGAAUUACCGAUACUGGGAUGCAGCAUCUGGUCAACAUGCGUAGCUUAGAGCACCUGGAAUUGGCAUGUUUGAAACAUGUCACUGAUAUUGGAGGUACGGCAAUCUCGACAAUUCAAACCCUCAGGGAAUUGAAGUUGUGUAAACUUUGGAAGUUGUCAGAGCGUACAGUUGUUGCUCUUGCUGAGAAUUGCCGCAACUUGGAAGUACUUGCUUUGUAUCGUAUAUGGUUACAUGAACCUGUAACCGGAGCUAGCAUACAUUCAUUUUCAAGACAUAAAUGCUUGAAAUACCUUUCAUUGUAUGGUUUCAGCAACUUAGAUCAGUCUGAUGUGGAAAUAGUGCUUGGAUGCCCCUCAUUGGAGUCUUUGGUGUUAGACAAGUCAUUAACUGAGAUAUUUCCUGAAGAAGAGGAAUCGUCGUAUGCUUCUCCAUAUCGUGGACUUCAGUGCGUCUUUCAAAACCAAAGUGAUGGUCAUUUGGGGACGAAGGGUCUACGAGCUUUGGGAAUUGGGUGUCCCAAAUUGUCCAGACUUACGUUUUGGGGGAGCAAAGUGGUAGGGAAUGCUGGAGUUGAUGCGCUUUUUCAAUCAGGGCAUAACUUGAAGUCUUUGCAUUUGAAGGACAUUGAUCUAAUCUCUGAUCAUGCAUUUAGAGCAAUUGGGUCAUCUUCCAUAAGCACGUUGGAGUUAACAUACUGUCGAAAUGUUACUGAUGUGGGAUUGGGAUUCCUGGCAAAUGGAUCUACCUCUAAAACCCUCAAGAAAUUGAUCCUUAAGCUGUGCGAUGAAAUCACCGAUACUGGGAUCCAGCUUUUGGUCAACUUGCGUAGCUUAGAGCACCUGGAAUUGACGUACUUGAACCAAGUGACUGAUAUUGGAGGUGUGGCAAUCUUGACAAUUCAAACCCUCAGGAAAUUGAAAUUGAGUAAACUUUGGCUGUUGUCAGAGCGUACAGUUGUUGCUCUUGCUGAGAAUUGCCGCUACUUGGAAGUACUUGUUUUGGAUCAUAUAGGGUAUCGUAUAGGGUUAACCAGAGCUAGCAUUCAUGCAUUUUCAAGACAUAAAUGCUUGAAAUACCUUGCAUUGCAUGAUUUCAGCAACUUAGAUCAGUCUGAUUUGGAAAUAGUGCUUGGAUGCCCAUCCUUGGAGUCUCUGCUGUUAGACAAGUCAUUAACUGGUAUUUUCGGAUUUAUGCAUGGGAACAGCGCUAGAAGGGUGGUUCAAUUUCAAUCCUUUUGUAAUCCGUUUCCCCAUUUCAGGCCCACUGUGUGGUAA